UACCAAACUAAAGUUAAAAAAGCAAUAAAGAACUUACUUCUGGAUAUUAUUAAAGAUUCUAUCAUUUGUCCAGAAACUACUAAAAAAUUAAUAAUUAGAAUUAAGUUUGAUAAAAACCUAAAAGAUCUUGUUAAAGAUAAAAAUUUGUCAUUUGAGGAAAUUGCUAUUGAAGACAUAGUUACUCUAAAUCUUUUGAGUGUUGAGUACAGAACUAUUUUUCAAAAAUAUAAUAUAGGAG